AUGCUACCAAUGGAAGGCCACCUUCAUAAAUACUCUGAAUCACCCGCUCUUACUGCCUUCGAAUCAGGCGACCUUUCCUCCGGCUCCCUCCUCCUCUUCAUCGGCGGCCUAACAGACGGCUACCUCACUGUCGGCUUCAUCCCGACGCUCGCAGAAUGGUGCAAUAGCAGAAACUGGGCAUUCGCGCAAGUUCAUUUGAGUACGAGUUAUGGUGGGUAUGGCGUUGGCGGGUUAGAUGGGGAUGUAGAGGAGAUCGAGCGGUGUGUCAAGUAUUUUGGGCAUGAGGUUGGGAAGAGGAGGAUUGUGCUUGUCGGACAUUCGACAGGGUGUCAAGACAUCAUACAUCUACUCCUAACAAAGGGCGAGGGGCUUCCGGAGGUACUGAAGGGAGUGGUAUUGCAGGCGCCCGUGUCGGAUCGGGAAUAUAUUGCGUCGCAGAUGAAGCAAGAGGUGUAUGAUGGAUACGUGGAGUUGGCGCGGACGAUGAAGGCUGUUGAAGAUGGGCAGGAGAUCAUGCCGAGGAAGGUUUGUGAUGUUAUUGGUGGUGCGCCGAUUACUGCGGACAGGUUUUGGUCGCUGGCAGCGAAGGGGGGUCAGGAUGACUAUUUCUCUUCUGAUCUGGAGAAGGAUGAGAGGCCUUGGUCGAGGUUACCCGAGGACAUGCCAUUAUUGGCAGUUUAUAGCGACGAAGAUGAAUACGUCCGGGAACAAGUCGACAAGCAGAUGCUAUUGGAUACAUGGAAGAAAGACUGCCCAAGUGACGCGACAUUCGUGCUCCUACCUCGGGCACGUCAUGACAUUGGUGAAGAAGGAUCAGAACAAGUCAAAACCUUUUUGCAACAUCUCGAGACAUUCGUAGAUAAAAUCUAG